AGUGCUUUCAGAGCUUGGGCAGCUCAACACGUCAUAUUCCUGACUCCUGCUUCAGCAACACUGCUGUGCGUAGCUGUGGAUCAAGGCAGGGAAGUGCGAGCUGGGCGGGCCUCUUUGGAGCCCCUUGGGGCUGCCGCAGAGCGGCUUUGGAGGCAUGGCUGAUGCAAGCUUAAACCCUUUGCUGGAGAACGGCAUCCCCGCCGAAGAAUCUCCUACUGGUCCAGGCAUGGGCCCUAAAGUUCGCCUUCCUGACGGUGACUCAACCAACCCUUGCAUGGCUGGCAUCGACCGCUGCGACGAAGCGCUCGGUGGUGGUGCCCAAGCAAACCCUUGGCAACAAGUGGGCCAUGGACGUGGCAGCUACGAGGUCGUGGAGACGCUUGUCUAUGUGGGGGAGGGUAGGGGGAACUACAACAAGGAAGAGCUCGAGCCUGUGAAGCGAGGGCCCACGGUCAAGAUUAGCUGGCAGAGGAAGCUGUAUAUGGGCAUCCUUUGCAGCUUGCUGGUUUCCGGCACCAUGGCGCUGAUUGUGUCGCUCAUCCUUGGGCCAAAGAUGCAUUCGCCCGCUCAAAGCGAGCGACAGGACACAAGCCGGCACAACGGCAAGCUGGGCAGUGGCAGGGUGGCGGCGCCGCAUCACGGAUCCCACGGAUUCGAGGAUGUGGAGGCCCGAUGCAACAUGGAGGCCGAGCAACAUUGGUCCUUUGAAGUGCGGCAGUUCUGCUGUUCCAACCUCGGCCUUGGCUGCCCAGAGUUGAAGUGCGACUCCGGACGGGAUGACUGGCUGCACUCCUGGUCGCCCGGGAAGAAGAUUUGGUGCUGCGAGCAUCGUCGGGUAGGGUGCGAGGCGCCGAAGGCCAAGGCGCUGCGAACGGAGGCGCAGACGGAGGCUCCAACACAAUUGCCGCCUGGAGUGGCCAUAGUAGCGCCUGGUAUGCUUGCGCUGCCGCCAGUGGGGGAGGCAGCACAUGGCUCCUUCUGGCGGCCAAUGCAGGAGAGAGGUGAAGCCUUCACAAAACCUCAGCCAAAGCAGCAGGUCACUGCCAAAGCAGAAGGUGCUGCCACGUUCGAGUGCAACCAUGAUGAGCAUUGGAGACAAGAAUGGUCCGACAAGCAGCAGGAGUGGUGCUGCUGGCACUACGGCCUAGGCUGCCCAACAAGAUGAAUGCCAGGUUUGGUGUCACCCUUUGUGAGCAGAGCAACUUUGCCCUGGCACGCCAUGACAUAGACAGGGGUUUGCUGA